UAAUAAGCAGCGUCCGACGGUGCCAUCGAAGAUAUUCUUCUGCUGCAGCGAGCCAUCGCCGGAGGGAGGGGAGACGUCGAUAGUUGCGAGUGACGUGAUCGUUGAGAAGAUGGAGGAGAGGUUGCCGGAGUUUAUGGCGAAGGUGGCCGACGUCGGAAUAAUUCAUGGCAAUAAAACGGCUACUAACGCAGAAGUUGGUACCCAAGCCAUAUUUAACAAGAGUUGGAUGUCCUAUCUCGGCACCGAUGAUGAAGCCGAGGCUGUGAAAAGGGCCAAAGAAAACCUAUCAUGUAGCACUGUUCACUUCUUCAGUGAUGGCAGCGCAGAGUUGAUUUUUGGGCCUUCAAAUCCAGUGGUUGAACGUGAAGGAAAGCGAGCUUGGAUUAUUCCAAUUCUUGGCUACACUGACGAUAUAAAUAUGGCGAGCAAUAAAUUCGGUGAUGGAAGUGCUUUUCCUUUGGAAGUGCUUGGCAUUUACGAGCAGCUUUUGGAGGAGAAUUGCGUUGACAUCAAAUGGCAGAAAGGUGACAUUUUGCUUCUCGAUAACUUCGCUGUGCAGCAUGCAAGAAGGCCAGGAAAACCACCUCGACGUGUGCUUGCCUGUAUGUGCAAGUGAGUUUUGUAAAGCUGCUUGAAUAAAUCAGAGGCUUAAAUUCUCUUGCCUUUGAUAAUGUUAAAAAAAAGAGGUUGAUGUGAGCCACUUGUGAUGAA